CUCAUCUCGGCGGCAGCUGUCAGGUCAGCCGCGAUUCAUGCGUCGGAUGAUGCGGUGCAUUAGGAUGCAAAUUCCAAUUCCUUCGCGCAGAUAUGAGAAGACGUCGUCUGCUUUCGUCCUGUUUGGACCCGGAUGCGGUGCGCUCGACUCACGGAUGCCUUCUUGAAGUUUGCUCGCCCACAUUGAUUUUCAUACCACCACACUCUUUUACUAUCGUUGACGUUUGUACGAAUUGUUUGUUUAAUAUUUAAAUACGGCGCCAUGUGGAACAAGUCGCAGCACACCUCGCUUCUGCUUUGGGACAUCGACCGCGAGUUCCGGAACGCAUACGAGCUUUACGAACAGGUGCGGUCAAAGUCCAGUUACAAGCGCACGGCGUGGGCGUGCCUGGCCGUCAAGAGUCAGGAUGACGCCCUUGCAAAGGUCCUCGACAUCGGACGGGAAGUAAGGCAUUUUAUGGAGAGUGGAAAGAGGCGGUUUGGGUCAGCAUUCGAAGAAGGCGAUUCUUCAUGCCACACAACGCUCGAAGCGCAACUCAUCCGCCUGCAGUAUGAAGUCCGUGAGCUCCUCUGCGACAGCGCCGUGUCCGACAAGAUAUCCAUACCGUACAACGACAUCAUUACGACCGCAAAGAGCAUCCGCCGUAUAUGUCUGGAGGCCUUGCAGGCCCAGUUUGAACGCUUCUCAACGCCCGCCUCGCUUCUGUAUCUGCCGCCCCCACGCUUCAAGGUGCAGUACUGCUCCUUCGCCACGCAACUCCGCAAAGACCUCGACUCGUCAGAAGGGAGCACUCUCAAGACGAAGAAGCUACGACCGCGCGACCGCCACGAUGACCGCGAGAUCUGCCCCGACUGCGACACAUGCAUCUCUACUGCCACGCACUCCGGACUCCCCGAUGCGCGGUGCAUCCUCUUCACGUCACACGUGCGGCCCGAGGCAGGCAGCAAGGCCAAGAACGCAAGCUACGCAUGCUCGAGCUGCUACAAGACCUUUGACGAUUCGUACGCAUUCCUCGAUCACGUGUUCCAGAAGCAGAUCGGCAGCGACCGGAGCUGCCUGCGCCUCUCGAGCCCCGACCUGGCGAUCCACGAGUUCGACCCGUCGCUCAUCGAGCAGUGCUUCAAGAACUGCCUUGUCAGAGAGCUGUCGCGGACCGCGGGCAAGACGACCAUCAAAGGUCAGAUCACGGUGCAGGAGAGGGAGAUCGAGGUGCGGUUGAACAGUUUGCGGAGCGCCACGUCGUGGUAGCCGCUUGAGAUCGAUAUGUUCCGUUCAUGUAUUACGCCAUAUACCCUAGACUUAAUGUUUCUUCGCAGCUA